AUGUUGGCUGAUGCGGCCGACACAAGUCUUGCUUUAACUCGAUCCUUGGAUACGGAGCAUGUUGAUCCUGCAAAGCUGAAAGGUGACUUGCAAGUCUACAUGCGACAAAUUCGCAGUCUUUUUGUUGAAGGUCGUUGUGCGACUGUGUUCGGCUUCACCUCGACUGUUCUUACCCAAUUGAAGCUCCGUGCACAGUGGGAAGACCUGUAUCCCCGUGCCCAACUGGAAUACAAAGAACAGGUUGGCUCACUGAAAGAAAGCAAAGAUAUGGCCCACGAUGGCAACAAAGAAGCCUGGAGAGCUACUUUGGCCAGAAUCAAAAGAAAACAGGUUGACGCAGGUUUGACUGAGAGCAGCUUCCUUCGGAGACGUCGCUGCGCGGCUGCUGCGGCCGCAGAGUCAUAUUCAGGAACCCAGGAGCAAGCCGACCCCCUAUUCUUCACUGAAGGUCAUCAGAAGGAAAUGUUUUUUUUGGAAAAGAAAAGCCGCAUUAGGCGAAUUCAGGCCACUGCGGAGAAGUCCUUACCAGACGCGACUUUGCAAGAUCAACAAGACGCAGAGGCUGCUUCGGCCAGAUUUGCAGAGAAUCAAAAGAAAAGACGCGAGAAGGCAAGUAGGAUUGAAAGGCAUGUUAGCAACAAACACAGGGAUGCCUUGCUCGCCGAUUUAUCUGGCUCUAAAGCUUUCCUGGCUGUUUCGGCCAAUAUGGAAUUGACUGCAAGUUUAGCCAACAAUGGAAUCCAAGUGACAGCGCAAGCCUCCCAAGCACAUGUCAUUGUUUGCGACAAGCCAGGUGAAAGCUUACUGCCAGCAUCCCUACAACUGAUGAUAGGUUUGCGAGGCUUGGUGGAAGUUUCCCCAUCUUUUUUUACUGUUGGAAACGGUUCUGCUUUGAAAUUUCAUCGCGCUGUUUCGGUGCGUAAAGUUGUUCUUGUAAGCAAAAUAUGUGCAGAAAAGCAUGAUGCCUUUUGGAAAGAUUUUCGGCAAGCGCUUCCUGGUGGGCAUGGUUGGCAACUUCACAAAAUGAAUGCCGGCACAGUGGCACAGCUGCAGGCGAAGCAAAGGACCUUUCCGAAAUACAAAGCAUACGCAGUCAUUCAUGAGGAUGAAACAGAUGCGGUCAGUGAAGGGGACAAGCAAAUUUUCACCAUCCAGACUUUCUUGCAUCGCAUUCGUCGCGCAGACAUGGUAGAGUCGUGGGUGGCUGCUUCGGCCUGCUGCUGCGGCCUGCCUGGCUGGCUGCUUCCAGCCAUGCCUGUCCAGCUUCGCGUUCCCCGAUUGGUUCGUGUGGGGAGUGAUUUCUCUGGCUUGGACACAGGCAUUUUCGCUUUGAAGCGGUUGCAGCUGCCGGUGGAAGUUUCAUUUUGCAGCGACACAGACCCACACUGCAGAAAACUACUGGAAGCUGCUCACAAGCCAAAAUGUUUUUUCGACGAUGCCGAACAACGAAAGCCAGAGGAUGAGAUCCCUGUGGACGUAUACAUUAGUACCCCGCCAUGCCAGCCAUGGAGUUCACAGGGAAAAAGGAAAGGUCUCCAAGAUCCCCGGGGGAGGUUGCUGAAAGUGCCUUUGAGGUAUACAAAGCGGCACAAACCAAGGGUCUUUCUGAUGGAGAAUGUGAAGGGUCUCUGCCACCGGAAAAACAAACCGGUACUCCGCGGCAUCCGAGCCACGUUAGAGAAGCUGGACUACAGGGUCUGGCUUGGAGUCUUAAACGCUGUGGAUUUCCAAAUCCCGCAAAAGAGACAAAGGCUCUUCAUUGUCGCGAUCCGCAAAGACUCCUGCAGGAGACCUUUCAAGUGGCCCAAAAAACUCGGUAAGCGAAGGCUGUCAGAGGCCUUGGACCCGAUGCAGGCUGCAGAUCGGCCUGGUCGGUUGCCGAAAAAUCAAAGAGCCAAGGCUUUGGCUUUGGCUGCCUGCCGAAAAGUUAACAAGGAGGGCAUUGACCCACGACAGGUUCCUGUUGCCAUAGACGUCGGCUGCAGCCAAAAAUAUGCCACCUUUGGCAUUGAUGUCAGCCGCACCUUGAGCCAAGCUCGCGCCAAGACAGAAGCGGAGACUGACGAGGCAAACUUCUGUCAGUAUGUCUAUGUGACACAGCUUUUUGUCAAAGAGAAGCCAGCAGAUUUCUUCGGUCUCGCAGAGAUGGAAGACGUGUACGAAUGCACUCGCAAUGCCAUUUUUUGGUGCUACUGCCACCUGGCCCCAGACAUCAGAUCUGAAUUUGAAUGGCAGAUUGUGAUUGCACUGGACAUGCUGACGACUUUGCGUUACACAGAUCCCGACAGCUUCCCAGACAGCCGAAUUGUCGCUGGUUUGCCAGAUGCGGUGGAAGAAACCAAGUUGCCCCUGACCCAUGCAACCAAGCGCGACUUCUAUGUGGCCACGCUCUUCAUCAGCUAUCUCGACGCUUGCCCGCUGAAUUAUUGUGGCUUCAGAUGGUCUACGUUUCGUGAGAACCUGUGGGAGUCCUUCAACAAGGCAGUCCAGAGAUCAGAAGUAAACAAUGAAUUGAAGAUUGGACACUUCUCAGGAGAGGGCGAUUUGCCCUCUCCAACCGCAGGAGAGGUCGUCGUCUUCACAGGUCGUCAUGUUGAGCUUGGCUGUUUCGGCCACCCUGGCUGCUUCGGCCACUUCGCCUUCGUCGUCAGUGAGGCUGUUUCGGCCUGGAGUGCUGACAUGCCAAGCCCCAUGGACUCAGGGUGGGCGCCCAUGUUGUGUAUCGACUGUGGUGGCGUCUUAACCCGUUAUGGAGAUGUCAAGUACGACGGCGAGGAAAUCUACAAGGCGACGAUGCCAGGAGCAUGGGCUUUCCUGCUUUUGUGGCAGGCUUGCUAUGGCGAAGAUGCUGUGAGAAUCAUUUCGAAGGUGAAAUGGUUCCCACACAAAGAGAAGCAUUGGGUGGUGAGACACGCGAUGUCUCUUGGGUUGUCCUCGGACCAGGUCUUCUUGACGGAUCAGAACAGCAACAAAGGAUACUACGCGCGCCGCUCCAAUGGCACCGUGGUCGUCGACGACAGGCUGGAUUGCUUGCAGAGCAUGAUGAACGGAAGCUCAAAAAGCCUGCAGACAGCUGUCCUGUUCGGGGGCGCCGAUCCACGAAACGAGAAAAAGGUGCACUGCAUCAGCGACUUCAGAGACCUUGCCGUCUUGCUGGAGGUCUACCCGAAUGGUACGGUUUGGGACUGGCUCAUGGACGAAGGCCCUCCAAACAAACCUCAUGACGAAGCAGUGCGAGACGACCUCCUGCAACGCUUGAAGGCCAUGGACGACGCCCGAGCCUGGCUACCAACUUCAACGGCAAACAAAAGAAAGGUUGAGGCUGCAUCGGCCUUGUCGUCGAGCAACUGGGUCCCAAAAGGUUCUGCAGCGCCCGCCGGCGACAAUGACGACGAUGACGAGCGUCCGCCGCCUCCAGACAACGUCGUCUUUUUGUACCGCAAGUCUGCUGCAAAAAAACCAGUCAAGAAGGAAUCGCCGCCGCCGUCGACGAGACCGCCAAAGCAAUCCACAAUCAAAGAAGAGCCGGACUACGGCGGCGACCAGGCCGACGACGACAACGACGACAAUGACAAUGAACAGGAAAGCAGUUCAGAGGAGGACCAGGAGGAGGACACAGAAAGCGAGGCCAAAAAACUUCGACGAAGUUCCUCCAAAAAAUCCGGCAGCAGGCGGCGAAGCACUUCCACUGAUGCCAAGAUCAAAGACUUGCAAAAUCAGGUGAAGCAGCUGCAGUGGCAGCAACAGGCUGGGUGGUACUACCCGUACUACCAGGCCGCGGCGGCUGCUUCGGCCGCGCAAGGCAGCCAGCCGGCGGCACCGGCUGCAUCGGCCGGGCCGCCGCCUUGGGGGGGCCGACGUCCGGAUUCGAGCUGGACGCAGGCAAAGAUGAAGCGUGCCGAGCAGCACCGUGCUACCGGAGGGCAGACGGCACAGCGGAUGACCCCGGCAAUAGCAUGUUGCCGAUGUGGGAAGAAUCAGCCGGGCGCAUAUUGCCCUGCCAGGUGCUGCAGGAGGUGCUGCACGCAGUCGAGUUGCCCACAGCACCAUGGCUGA